GUCCUUUAUCACUACCUUCGAUUUUUGGAGUCGUAACAUAUGUGUAUCCGUUUUUAACUCUAAUCUUAAUGCUUUAUUUUGAUUCAUAAUUAUAAUAAGAUUCAUCUAUCCUAAUACAACAUUCUAAUCACAAUAUUUAUACAUAUGGAAGGAAAGUUAAUUAAAAUCCAUAUCAUUAACGCCAGAAUACGUCGAACGCGUAUAGUAUAGUAUAGUGUACUUGUCAAUUUUUCCGAACCCAAGUUUAGAUCGCUUAUAUAUCUGAUACUUGACAAAAUUAUAUAAAAACAAUCUUAGUAUCUACCCUUUUUGCUACAACAAGAAUACCCCCCCCCCUAUUAUAAUAAACUAUAACGUGUAUCUAUCAACGCUUUUUGCUAACCACUACUUAUCAUAUUUACUUGGAAGAAAAUCUUGAUUUCUACAGAAUCCAUCAUAAAACCUCGUUUGUUACAUCUUAGUACGUUCUAUCGGUCUUCACCCUCAAUCUCGUCACGGCUUCUCAGUCCCUCGCGUUCCUUUUUACACUUUCCACCCCCUUCCCGCCCUCUUUUCGAACCCCUGAAAAACAUUUUAUCACGGAAUCAUUUCUACAGUUAUUAAAUUAAUUGAUGGUAAUGGUUACUUGUUCUUCGGAGGCCCCCGAAAGCUCCCCUGCCUCAAAUCCUACCGUCAUCCUUAAUGGCCCGCUUUUAAACGGUGACAUUUGCAACGGGAUUUCAGAUGCCGAUCUUACUCCACGUCCGCUCAUUAAUAAUGGGCACUAUAGCGGAAUGAAAGGCAGGUCUUUACGCGGCCGAGGAACCUUUCAACAGCAUUCCGUUGGGAUUGGACGCGGUCACUCAGGCGGUUCCCACCGAUUUAAUCACACUAAAGGAAUCGAUCCCAGAAACAAAGAUUUUGCAGUAACUCCCGAAACAUACGAUUUGGAUUUUCCUUGCGUCGCAUCACAAAAAAGUUUUCCGAGUGCAUCUUUGAAAAUAUCACAAAAUACUAUGCUAAGUUCUACAGAUAAUCUCAGCGACGAAUCAUUAGGUAAUAGGUGGGCCAGACCCUUUAUUCUUAAUUGCACACCCCACGAUAAUAUGACUGACUCCCAAAUUGUCAAUAAAGGAACAUUAAUAAGCUCUGGUGAUUUCAACCCAAUUGCUCAACCAAGUGAUGCCACUAAAACCUUAGCUAUCAAAUCUUUACAACCAAAUUUAGGCCUUGAUGUCGAAGGUGGUGAAUCAUUUGACUCUCAAAUGCUCCUUAGUAGUUCAACGUCCCAAGCUGAUAGCAACAAUGGUGCCAGUAACGAUACCUCUAAAACCGCUUCUUCCUCACUCUUCAACAACUUUCGUAGCAAAAAAAGCAAAAAAUGGGUGCCACUGGUAAUCGAGCGACCUUCCUUUCGUGAAGAGCACUUCUCUUCGGCCUCUAGUCCAAAUCAUCAACCCUUUCUCUCUAAAAACCAUUAUCGCGCUUCAAAUAAUCGAACCAGCAAUAGCCUUAAUAACCCCGGACCCAAAAAGGGAACCAAUCCUGUUAGUAGCGAUAUUAGCCAAUUAGUUGACACGAAAUCCUCGGAGGAAUCAGAAAAGAAGCAUGAGGACGAAAAUUCACGUGAAUUGUGCUCAAAUGAUGAAACCAUUUCCAGUAACAAACUUAAAGGUUUGCAAACUGCUACGGUUUUCUCGUCUGAGCGCCAUUACUCCCGCCCUGUUCUUAAUACCUCUUCGGUCCCCAGAUCAGCAAGACACAAUGCUACUUCUAGAGAUGAAAGUAUCAGUGGGGGGAGCGUCGGAGAAGACCGCAAAGAUGGCUUUGGCAUGAACAAGAAAUGGCGUUUUUACUCGACUGGGAAUGACGGCACCAAUUUUAACGGUAAAAAACGGUAUUCCUCACACUACUUUGCUGCUGCACAUUAUCCGCCCCCCACUCUUAUUUAUUCCCAGACGCCGCCUGCAUACGCCUCUUACUUCGGCACCACAUCGCCUCUCUAUGCCACUCAUAAUCACCCCACUGGUCCAGUUCAGUUUCCGUUCCCACCACCUCGUUUCCAGUACUACUACUAUUACCACCAUCCUAAUCGUUCCCCAACUCCAGUCUUAGGUCCAGUCCGCCCCAGCGGACUCGAUCAUAUCUCCCGCCAUGCAGCAGGGGGUGGGUUAUUAUUAACUUCACCUUCUCACUCUUUCCACCUCAGGCCCGCGCCACCCCCUCAUCAAUAUCCUUACGAUAACGAGGCUUUUGCGUCCACUACAACCUUACCUCUCAGACUUUUAACACCGACAGUGAUAACUCCUUCCGUCUUAUCCAGCCCACCCCCUUCAUCCCCACUACCGGGAACGCCUUCACAAUAUGCUGUAUUCAAAGUGCCACUCGUAGCCCAGAUUCAAACUCAAAUUGAAUACUACUUUAGUGAAGAAAAUUUACAAAAAGAUUUUUUCUUGCGAGCUAAUAUGGAUGCCCUUGGAUUUAUACCCUUGUCACUCUUCGUUAAUUUUCAUAGAGUCAAGCGGUUAACACUUGAUACCAAACUUAUUAAACAGGCUUUAGAAAUGAGUCCAAAACUUGAAUUAUGCCUAUCUUCCACCGAAUACAAAGUAAGAACGAUCAAUAAUCCCACGCAGUGGCCUUUAUACAAUACCAGUCAACAUCAAGACACUCCAAUUGUCAAAGAACAACCAAUUUCCAUUUCCAAAGUACUCAUUCCGUCCCCUUCACCCAUUGGUAAUAUAAAAUCUCUAAAAACUAGUCGCAACAAAUUCAAAAUGAUUACUCAAAGGCGUUGGUCUAGCCUGCCGUUGAAUUACAACACAUUGUGUUUGGACGACGUAAAUUUGGUAAAACUGUUUGUUAAAUGUCUAAGCAACAACUCUUCACCAGCUCCGCCUAUUCAUUUUUCUACGAAUUAUUUUUGCAAAUAUUUUCGCAAUAGAAGCUGGUCGGUUCCAGACUUGAGAAGCACAUCAAAUAACCCAAUUUGGAGUCAAUGCCUUGACAUUACUUGCAAUAAAGACGACGAAAACUCAAAAUUGGACUUAGAUUUAUUAGCUAAAGACUUGACCGUUAUUUUACCUUCGCCAACUCUGAAGCAAUUUUUCGAAGCUGGUCACAUCAACAUCCUCAACUACUGCCCUGUAUUUCGGAAACUUUUAUCGCAAAUGAACGACUUUAACCCUCUUCAAAAUAUGUCCCCUGUGCGUGUUUUUCGUAGGUUGAUGCGAGUCCUUGAAUUGGCCGUUUUUCCCAAACCUGUGAGAAUAUCCAAGCUAAAUGGUGCUACAGAUAAUUACGCUGCUAUAUCUCUAAACCAAACUAAUGACGAUCUUCAACAUAUCCCUCUUGGUCGAAGUUCUUCGGACUCUUUUAUCCUUUGCUCCUCCAAUAAACUUAGUCAUCGUUUAUUGUCUCGAACCCCGCUAUUACCUCCUCUUAACGAUGCUUUGAUAUCCAAUUAUAGUUUCGCUGGUCUUUUUAGCUGGGAUAUCACUUCCUCUAAAUUGGAUUCAUCAUCGAAUUCUCGUAAGCCUGGUGGUAAAGACGAUAUUUUUGGAUGCCAGGUUGGACUUGCACAAUUUUUAAACAUGAAACAAUUUGAGGACCUCUGCUUUCAUUCAUCUUCGUCAUCAGGCGGAGAUUUGGAUCGUAACGAUUGGAUCAGAUUUUGGGUUCAAUUUAUUCUAUCAAAUAUUUAUUCGCAACAAUCCACCCCAACGAUCAUCAACGAAAUCAUGUGGAAUCAUCUAAUGAAAUAUGCCAUGGAUAAAUUCAACCAUUUUUCUGAUGCUUCAUUAUGCCGACCAGAGAAUUUAGAAAAGAGUUUAAAGAAAUUUAUCGUUGAUUGUGUUAACAACCGAAAAUUGCUCUUUGCCAAUAUCAAACAACAAUAUACCGAAUCUUAAAACUUUAAGACACUCAAACAAACGCUGGAAAAGUCAGAAAAUUUGGCCUAUCAAAUUAUUUAUUACCAUGAUAUAUAUUUUACCCAUUUUAUUAGAGUUUUAUUUUAUUAUACUUUGUCAAAAAAAUAUUUUAUUUAUCAUAAACGAUUUUAAUUUUCAAUCAUGUUUCAAAUCCAAUCAAAGAUUUUAUUAAUUUGAAAUGUGACUUUUUCACAAAUUAUCGUUUUUUUCGACAACAGAUCAA